UGCGAGGCUGCCGCUGCCGGGCGCGGUGGCGCACGCCUGUAGUCCCAGCUACUCGGGAGGCUGAGCCCGUCGGAUCGCUUGAGCCCAGGAGUUCUGGGCUGCAGUGCGCUAUGCCGAGCGGGCGUCCGCGCUAAGGCCGGCAUCAAUAUGGUGAGCCCCGGGGAGCCGGGGCACACCAGGUUGCCUAAGGAGGGGUGAACCGGCCCAGGUCGGAAACGGAGCAGGUCAAAACUCCCGUGCCGGUCAGUAGCGGGAUCGCGCCUGUGAAUAGCCACUGCAGCGUAGCCUGGGCAACACAGAGAGACGCGGGCUCCUUUUGCCCACCCAACAACACCGCUUUUGCCCACCCGCGACCCCCUGCCCCACAGCGCGGCCCCGUGCGCACAGCGCCUCCUGCCGGCAGCACCGCGCACCUGCUGGCUCCGUAGCGCCUCCUGCUGGCCGGGACGGGACGCGGGGCUGCCUGCGUGCCGCGCUGCGAGGAGGUGUUUGACAGAGAUUCCAGAGCGAGCUGUGCAGCUGUCUAACUUUCGUCUUCCUUGUUUUUCUUUAAAGCCCUCACUUCUAGUCUCAUCACUGCGCAGUCCUUCUCCCCACAAGGCUGAACACCCCCAGCUCUCAGCCUGUCCCCGUACCAGAGGUGCGGGUCACCGUCCGUGGAGGUGCUCAAGAACCGCGGGGAUGCGGCACUGAGGGACACAACGUGCACGGUGGGGGUGGGCCGGGGGAUCUCGGAGGGCUUUUCCAGCCGGAAUGAUUCAACGGUUCGGGAAUGGGAUUCUACGCUUCCACCAUUCCCGUCCCGCCCCGCCGCCAGGUGGCGCCCGCUCCCGGCGCCCGCAGCUCGGGCCGCCCCUCCCCUCCCCACCCUUCCGGGGCGGGAAGGGCGGGAAGGGAAGGAGAGCGGAGGGGGAGGGGCGGCGAUGCGGCUGCAGUGCGAGGUGGAGGUGGUGAGCCGGCUGCUGCCCACCUGCGGGCUGCGGGGCCGCGGUCGAGGCGCCAGGGCGCUGCUCUCCCUCGGCCGCCAGCCCGGCCGGGAGCGGGGCGGCGUGUGCCUGAUGGUGUGCACGGCGCGGGACCGGGCGGGGGUUCGCUACAAGGUGCAGGACAACGUGGAGCGGUUCUUCACCCGCUUCGUGGAGGAGGGCAAAGCCACCGUGCGUCUGCGGGAGCCCGCCGUGGACGUGUGCCUCAGCAAGGCAAAUGCCAGCAAUCUAAAGACUUUCCUUUCAGCUGUGAGGCUGGCUCACCAAGGGACCGACGUAGGUGCUCUCCCACUCUCAGCUUUGGUACCAGCAAAGACCUCAGACGUCGAGAAACCUAAAACAAAAAUGAUCAUAACUUCAAAAAGGGACUAUCCGCUCACCAAGAGCUUCCCCUAUUCCCUCGAACAUCUCCAGGCCUCGUACUGCAGGCUUGCUCGGAUCGACGCGCGCGUGCUGUGCCUGAAGAAGCUGCGAAAGCUGGACCUAAGUCACAACCACAUAAAGCAGCUGCCAGCCACCAUCGGGGACCUGGUCUUUCUUCAGGAGCUCAACCUGCACGACAAUCACCUGGAGUCGUUCAGCGGCGCGCUGUGCAACUCUACCCUUCAGAAAUCUCUCCAGUGCUUGGACCUGAGCCAGAACAAAAUUAAAGCCCUUCCGAUUCAGUUCUGCCAGCUGCGAGAACUCGUGAAUUUAAAGCUUGAUGACAACGAGUUGAUCAGGCUGCCGUUCAAGAUCGGCCAGUUAGAUCAUCUGCGCUUUCUGUCAGCGGCUCGGAACAAACUGCCUUUCUUGCCCAGCGAUUUUAGGAAACUCUGUCUUGAGAACUUGGAUCUCUUUGGAAAUCCUUUUGAACAGCCUAAUCCUCUUCUUCCCAACAUACAAUUGAAAAUACCAUUGACUUUAUUAGAAUGUGCUGCAAGAGCUACUGUAAAUUACAGAAUCCCGUACAGUUGUCACCUGCUGCCUUCCCACCUUUGCGAAGACCUGGAAGUGGCCAAGAGCUGCCAGUGCGGGAGCGCCUGCCUGAGCAGCUUCAUUCAGAUCACGGUGACCAUGAACCUGCACCACGUGGCUCACACCGUGGUCCUGGUGGACAACAUGGGCGGCACGGAAGCGCCCGUCAUCUGCUACUUCUGUUCUCUGGACUGCUACUCCCAGUUCCUGGACAGGUUCCUGCAGAGCAGCGGCGACCACUGAGGGCAGGGGUGUGCGCUGGAGGAGCUGCACGAGGGGCCUCGGUGCUGCAGCCCUGCAGGGAGGGCACGCUGCCCUGUCCAGGGCCGCUCCUGUGCUGCCGGAGCCUCUGCCUGGAACCAGGAGAUGCUUGUUUACUUAGAACGUACUUCGCUUGGGUUCUCCUCUCACUGUGAGUUUUGGCUUCAAGAAGGGACCUUUUUUUCUUUUUUUUUCUUUUUUUUUUACUGAAAUAUUUGUAUCUCUUUGUAAUAGAAAUGCCUUUUCUAAUCACACGAGCUGCGCUUUGUUUCCUUCCACGUGGUAAAGGUUCCUGGGUGCCGGUGCUGGAGGGGUUCCCGGUGCUAACGGUGACGCCGUGCAGGCUCCGGAGUUCUUCGCUCUGAUGUGUGAAGGUUCCUCACUUCUGAACUCCGACGUUUUAAACGUUCCCGUGCUGUUCCGUGUUAUUAAAUGCUGAAUCCUUCAA